UAGAAUGAAGAAAUCACUAUGGUACCGGUCAAAACAUCGAUAGGAAACCGCCAUUUCCUCUAUUCCUUUCUCUCAACUUCUCUCCUCUUCUCCACUCGCCUCUCCUUCAGCUCGCUAUACGGAGUGGCCGGGAAUGAAAGUAACCGACAGCCACUCGUCCAGCUGCUCCUAUGCCCCACUGGCGAGGCUGAGAUGGCGGCAAUUAGCAUCAUCCUCAAGUGCCUCCCUUCUCGCUAUCUCCGCAUAGAUUUACUCAGUUUGACUUCCUCUCCCCAUCCCUACACCGCGUAUCGUGUUGAUGACAAUUCCUCAACUCCAGACUACAAGUUAGGAAUCCCAAGAUCCGAAGCAUGUGUAUGCGCGCGCUUUUGCUUGCUUGAAGCAAGGCAUUGGCGUUUUGGGACUCAGGAAACAAAUGCUUCCGUCUUGACGAUCCUGUCUGAACUACUACUGAUACUGUUCGAAACUUGUUGCGCAUCUGCCCUCCCACCAACUGUAAACGCCAAUAACACCUCCCGAAAAGCUCGGCGCUGGCCGUCGGUCCAGGACGGUCCGAAGAUGGGGAGGGAAUGUGUUUACCUAGAUGAAUAGGACAGGAUACCUAGGCUGGAGGGUUGUUGUUGUUUAUUCAGCACGACUUGGCUCCUGGUGGGAUUGAUUCACGCCGUCUCUCUCUCUCGUACCAACGCCACGAAGGCGAGACGAGGCGCAGCGGUGGACGAAAGAGAAUGUGGCUUGUUCAACCAGAACUCGUAUACAUCUCCAUUAAUACUCAAGCAUGUUGAUUCGA